UCAUAACCACUAACGAGAACGAAGUUGAAGCUUCUAUUGAUGUGUAUAUUUUUAGUAAGCCUAUUUACUCGUAAUCCUGCAUAUAACAAUCGGGUCACAUCACAUCGCACCAUGUUGUUGUUUUUAUUAUUUUGAAGGACUUGAAUGUCUUGUUAUUCAAAGGGAUUUAAAACGUCUUCUAAACCUUUGCGUUAUUAUCAUAAUCAGGCGUGAUCGUGAAAAUGGCAUGAACAAACAGGAAGGGCUGAGUUUAGUUCGUGUCUCUCAUAACCAAUCAUAUGACGAUUCAUGGUGCUUGUAUGCAGCUUGGAACAUGUAAAUGAAUGACGCUGGCUGGAUCAGCACAAGACUUAUGACAGCAUUCAACAUUAACUUUCCGGCUGCAGGUCAGAUGCGCACUGAAACUGUUCAAGUCAGCUGGCUUUGACUGAUAUACACGGAAGCCGUCUGUUCUGUUCGGUGUACCGCGGUGUCAAGAGAACAUAAUCUCAGUAUCGGCGAAUUCUUCAAGAAAAUAACGGGAUAAGAGCAAGAAUGACGGAUAUAAUGAACAACCCAGAACAUAGUCGAGAAGACUUCACUGUGGGUGCUACAGGAGAGCAAGGUGUUUCUUUUCAGAUUUUCCCAGAUACAAAGGAGCGUCCCCCCAAGCUGUCCAAACGCCUCCCCUCUAUCGUGGUGGAGCCCACUGAUGGAGAGGUGGAGAGCGGAGAGUUACGUUGGCCCCCGGAUGACCUGAGAACCACAGACCCCGCGAGCCAUACGCACACACCCUCCCAAGAGAUCACACAGAUGUCUGAUUCUCCAACCCAGUUAACACACAGCACGAGUGCAGACGAAGUCAAGUGCAGCGAUCUGGAAACAUCAGUGCCAGCUGAGCGUGACUGAAAUUUACUAAAGAUAUUUUCACAAGUCUAUCAUUAUCACAAGUCUCAGUUCUCAUUCGGAAGAUUCACACUGACAACAAGCCCAAAAGCAGCAAAUCUCGCAUGCAGGUGUUAAUUAGAGCAGAGCUCACAAUGCUAUGUACAUCUGAACACAUUCAUGGCUUUGAAAAGACUUCACAUAGUUUAAAAUAACUUUUGUACGUGGAUGUGAUUAAUAUUGCAUUACGUUGCAUGUAAAAAUUACUGAAGAUAAUCGAGAGAUUUUCCAAGAAGUACUGAAAUUGAUGUACCUUAUUUCUCUUUUUAAUCUCAUUCUCACAUUUAUAAUGAUUUCAUUUUGGCAUAAAUAAUCUUGACAGCUGUCUCUGUAUCAAAAGGACAACAUUGUUACUGUUGUAUAUAAUAUGAAACAAAACAAUGUCCAGGUUUGUAAUGACCAGCCUUUUAGAACUUUCUGUUCCUUUAGACAGAAAAAAAUAUUAUUCGCAUACAUGUUUCAUAUCUAAAGCAAAUGCCUAGCACAAGUUUCUCUCAACUACUGAGUUUGGAUGGUCAAAUAGUGAAUAUUAUGUGAACAUUAUUCAUUACACCCUCAACGGCUGAAAACGUUCUGUGAGGAGACCGCACGCGCACACCCUGGAACAUCUGCCUGAAGCUUUGGAGGAGCGGCUGCCAUAGAACUUCAAACAUGUCCGCCUGUCAAUCAUUCGAAGGACAAGCACCUACUUAUCCCUCCAAGCUCUGGUUGACUCUCGGCAGACUUAUAUUUAUCAGGGGCUUGUUGUGCACACAAUAUUUUCAAAGAUGUGCCAAACAAAGCACAAUAGCUGGAGCUGGAGGCUCUUACUGGGUCAAGGACAGAGACUGCGUGUUAUACUGGAUCUGAACUUCAUUUAGAAACACUUUAUCUUUAUUGCAAUAGUUAUAGUUUAGAUAAAACUGACUGAUGUAGUGAAUUUCAUGUGCUUUUGUAAUUCAUAUUACACACACAUUGGUCCUGGGAUAUGUUCACAUUAUCUCUGAUGAUGAAUUUGGCUUAAAGUGUAUUUAUGUUGUUUUUAGCCUAUUUUAAAAUAGCUUUUAAUAUGUGUCUUCUACAAAAACAAUACAAAAAUCUUAGACUAGCUCAUCGCUGGUGUAUUUUUUGUUUGCAUGCAUUGAAAAUUGUCCUUUGGUCCCAUACAUCUAUUAAGUUGAAUAAUUAAUCAGCUGAUACACACGCUGAAGGUUCAUUCUACCUGAACUGAUACUGACCAUGUAAAAUGUUGUUUAAUGUUUUUAUUCUAUUUUUGUUUUGUUUACUAAAAUGUACCAAGAUUAACAUCCAAUUGCCUUCUCAUCAUAAAUUGGAACUGAUAUUUUUAUACACUGCUCCUAUAUGUUGUUUAGCAGAAUUGUUUUAUGAGAAUAAAGAUUAUUAUUCAAAUAA